AUAAACAAUAACCUGGUGGAUAACUGGCGAUAUUUUGGCAAAUUCGAGAAUUUGCCGAUUCAUAGAUUCGAUUAUUGAUCGCGAAAAAGGUUUCAGAAGUUUGUUUUAAAGCUUUACCAGUCGUGGAAGAAAAUGUCAUCUGGUUAACUAUCGUUACUUCUGUCUCUUCCAUCGACUGUUCUCCUACCAUUGCGAUUACAGUUUCAACUUUAACCACCUGAUGAUAAGAUAAAACUUCUUUUUCCACUCAUGGAGGGUAACAGACAAGGCCAGACAAUGGAGGAGUCAACCUUUAGCACAGCUGAAAAUACUGUACCCUCAACUGGUUUUGUGCCAUCUAAUUCUUCCUGUCCUUUGUCAUAUCCAAGAGAAGCUGACUACUUACACUCACCUGUUGUGGAAUUUUCCACCAGUUCUUACCCAGCAGACCUUCAAUUGACGUCCGGUGUGAAUGUACCACCUCAGCUACCUAUGGACAGAAGAAGAGACAUUCAAAGAGUAGGAGAGUCAACUGACUACAACAUGACUGCCUCAUUUAAUGGACCUGGCAUUCCCUUUGUACUGGACAACUCAACUGCAUCGGCUUCUUUUUGGCCAAACAGCAAUUUUUCUUCUUUCUCGAGAGUUGAUGAUUGGUCUCUGUCACCUAGAAUGAGCUUUGUCCCAAGAUCACACUUCAGAGUCUCAAACUUGACAUCUGGUGUGAACCUACCACCACAGCUACCUAUAAACUACAGCAGCCACACAAAGUCUGCUGUGAACAACAUUACUACUAGUACUGUAUUCAGUCCUUGUGUUCCUCGGUCACAAGACACUCCAUCAACAUCUUUGGUGUCAUCCAGUUGUUUAGCUAAUUUAUCAUUUGAUUACUCACAGUCAUCUUGCAUGGAUGUUUUCACCAGAGAUAACCUCAGUGGAACUCACCUGACAUCUAAUGUGAACUUACCACCACAGCUAACUCUGGACAAUACAAGGAGGAGUCACGCAGUGGGAGAGUUCGCUUUUAACAGCAGAGCGACUAUAUUCAAUCCUUCUGUCCCUCGUUCACAAGACAUCUCCAAUCUACCAACUUGUUUUGUGUCAUCCAGUUCUCCAGCUUCUUUUUCAAGGAUUGUCAGUCAUUCACAGUCACCUGCCAUGGAUGUUCUCACCAGACCUGACUUCAGAGGCUUACCCUUACCACCUGGUAUGACUGUACAACCUCAGCUACCUAUGAACUAUAGAAGGGCAAGUCAGACAGUAGGUGAGUCAACUGUCAACACUUCAACUUCAUUAGUCAGACCCAGUAACACUCCAGCAGUUCCAGCCGGUCCUUUGUCAAGAGCAAGAAGUCUAGCACAAUCAAUGAACCUUACAUGCCUUGGUUCUGCAGCUUACUUAUCAGAAAAUCAAGCUUGUUAUUCAAAUAAUCCUUUGCCCAGGCCUUCCCCAGCAAGUGCAGUCCAAAUUGACUCAAGCAGUGUCUCAAUGGCAUCAGGAAAAAGAAAGGGGAGAGAGUCACCUGGCUGUAGUAACCAGGGUCACAAACGACCUAAAGUUACAUCUAUGGAUAUGACAGUAAAACAAGGCACACCAACAAAUGAAGAAUUGGAGAAAUUGGGAAACGAAAUUGGUGAACAUUGGAAAAAACUUGGGCGUCGGCUGGGAGUCAAGGAGCCCAAAUUACAGGAUAUAAAACAGAGAAAUGAGCAGCUGUGUGAGAGAGGAUACUGUAUGUUAAUGGACUGGAAACAAGAAAAAGGUUCAGCUGCAACCUACCAAACUUUGAAUGCUGCAUUACAGCAUGAAUUCGUACAGCGCAAAGACUUAGCAGAACAAAUUUGUUACAAUCAUGGAACCAUGCUGGAAAGUGAGCUGCCUAAAGUGCCAGUCGAUGUACACGGCCAUGCGAUGGAGGUCGAUAAGAUUGUAAAAUUCCUCACAAAUGAUAGCACCAAAGACGUGGAAGGAGUCCUAGUCAGCGGAAUACCAGGGAUUGGGAAGUCUACUGUUUCCAUUCAAGCUGGUCAUAUACUCAAAGACGAUUUCGGUAGAAUCGUUAAGUUUUGCUCUUUAAGAGACCUGCAUCCCACCAAAAAUGGGCGUGACACCAAGGAUGAUGAGGGGGAAAGUGUGUUGAGGGAGAUUUUAAACAAGUGUCAACCAGGUCAUCAAGCACCUCAUGAAAAUCCCAGAUAUGUUUUGCUCAACUGGUGUAGGGGGCUUGAGCAAGACCUGGUUCUUGUGCUUGACAAUGCAGAAGAUGCCAUGGAAGACAGUUUUCAAAAUUGGUUCAUUCAAUUGUUGAACGACAUGAGAACGUAUUCAAAGGCAAAAAUCAAAUUCAUAAUUACCUCGAGAUCUACAGACAUUAAGAGCACCCGCGGACCAGAUUUAGAUGUUGAGAAGGUCCCAAUAGAGCCUUUGAGUGAAGAGGAUAGCAUUAAAGUCUUAAAGGUAGUUGGACGUUUGCAAGUGGACUUUGACGUCUCAGCUGAGAAAUUACGUAGGGUAGCAGAGCUGUGCGGGCACAUUCCGUUGGCACUUCGUCUAGCAAGCGCACUUCUUUCUUCAGAUUCCGAGUACUCUAUCGACGAGUUAAUAGUCGAUCUGGGAAAAGAUCCUACGCGCACACUUGAGUGUGAAGCUAUGAUGGAAAUUGCCUUUGAGAAAUUAAGCGAACGUUUGCAACAUUCGUUAAUUCGUCUGUCUGUUUUUGGCCAAUCUUUCGAAAAAACCGCAGCAAAGGCACUACUUGGCGACAGUUGCGCUGAACACUUAACGCAGUUAAAGAAAAGAUGUUUCAUUUUAAAAGACGGUGAUCGAUACUUCCUUCACUUGCUUAUCAGAGGAUACGCCAGAACGAUAGGAGAAAAAAAAUUUCGGCGUAUUUUGAAACGUGGCCGACAAGCAUUUAAUGAGCACUUUCUGGCUCUGAUUUUGAGAAACACAAAGAUGUACAUGCGGAAAGAUCAAUGUAAAGCCUCGUUUCAUCUUUUUAACGAAGAAAGGCUUAAUUAUGAAUCCUUACUUAGAAAUGUCAUCACUGAGAAGAUACGGAACUGUGACAGACUGCGAGAUGUUGUAAGUGAUUGCCGGAAUGUCGCACUUUACGUAGAAUACUGCAUCCCUGUCAAAUUUUACGAAGAAUUUCUGAACGGACUUUUACGUUAUGUUCAAAAGCAAAAUGAAACAGUGCACGAAGUGGAAAUUUUGUGCCUCCUUUAUCAUGAAGGAAGGAAACAAGGUUGUGUCGAAAAGCAUGCAAAAAGCAUGGACAGAGCUUCUACACUAUUCCAAGAAAAUCAGGCAGCUUUCAAAAAAAGCGUCCCGUCGGAGGUGUCUUAUCUCAACCAUUAUGGCAGAUAUCUAUCACAGGAUUGUGAACAAAUAGAUAAAGCACAAGAUCGUUUCAAAAAAGCACUAAGUAUGUGCGAAUCGUAUGAAAAAGAAACUACAGAGUGGUUACCUGACAAGGCGACAAUUCUUGGAGAAAUGGGACAUGGUGCAAAACUCCAAGGAAGGAAGGAAGAGGCACGUAAAUGCUAUUUACAAGCUCUCCAGUUUCGUCAAGCCCAUUUUGGAAAUCAUAUUUUGACUGCAUUUGCACAUAAAAAUCUCGCAGAUUAUUAUCUGAAAUAUGAGGAUCUACCUUCGGCAGAGGAAAACUACAUGAAAGCAAUUGACAUUAUGAAACGUUUGAAUAAAGCGGAGCACAAAGAGGCAAUACCCGUGUACAAAAAUAUGGGAAUCUGCUUCGAGAAGAGUGAAAUGUUUCACAAGUCUCGAAAAACGUAUGAGAAAGGAAGUGAGGUAGCUGACAACACCAUCGAAGGAAACCAUAAAUGGAAGGUUUGGAUUAAAACGUACUUGGCGUUGUUACUUCACUCAAAAUACCCAGAUGACAUUACUGAGGCUGUCAGAAUUGCCAAGGAUGUUCUUCAAAUGGGACAAGAUCUUGGAAUGAAGAACUGGCCACGAAAGGAAGAACUUGAAAAAAUGUCUCAAACACACUAGACUUUUAGGAGAACUUCUGUUUUGAAGGACAAAAAUUUUAGUAUUGAUGUGUGAAGAGGGUGUAGAGCUUUUUACAGAGGAAUAAUUUUGCCAACACCAAUCGCUUGGGUAAACGUUGACUGAAAAUUUUCUUUACCUUGGGUAUCACUACCCAUGUAACUACCAUCAACUCUUUUCCUUUUUUAAUAUUGCAUGUCUACGUGAUUUCAGCGGUAGCUGGUGUAAAUAACGCGGGAGCUGUUUCAGAUAUUCUUGGUUCAAGGUCUUUCUUGUUUUAGCUUAUUUUUAUUUCAAUGUACCUGGAUAUGUUCUCUCAACUGUGGGUGUAUUUUUUAGCCAAUCUGCCACAUUAAACUCUUAACUCACAGAGGUGAGUGUUAAAAACUUUGUUUGCUAUACAUUUCCCUUCUUUUGGGAUUUUAGUCAUCCUCAUUCUCAGUCUCUACCCUUUCUCUACUCUCUCUCUCUCUCUCUCUCCAGAUUCGUGGCUGAGUAUCUGCUACCUUCUCUCCUCUUCUUUUUUGAUAUAAAAUUUUCCAAUCUUUUCCCGUUUUUACAGUGGAAUAUAUCAGUCUAUACUUCACUUAUAAUAGUUCUAUUCAAAGUUACCGACC